AUGACCUGUCUCAAAGAGAAGCUCAAGAAGCUCUUCAAUUGCCGCAAGAUCCGCGAGAUAUACGACGAAUGGGCCAUCCUCUUGCCUGCCAAGAGUCAUCUGGAUUCCGAUUAUAACUUUCCCAAGGGCCGUCCGCCGGGACGAGAAGGAGGACGUGGGCCGGGGGCGAUGGGGUGGGCUGCUGCUGGGAUGGGCUAG